AGGAAGGUAACCACGCCCAAUAUUUGCGAGAGCAAGGGAUUGGAUUUAAUUUUCUAUUUGUAUUUUUUGUCUGUGACUUGCCAAUUGGUUUCUCUCAAGCCAUAUUUCGUUCAUUUUGAAUCCGAGAUGGCUCCCGCGUCCACCAAGAAGCGGCGCGACGAUGACUUCGUUUUCACUCUAUCAGACGAAGAAAACGGGCCCGAAGACCGAUAUGAAGAAGAGGGGGAAGAAGAAGAAGCGCCCGCUAGUGAACUAGUUUCAUCGUCGACGAAGAAACGCAAGAGAGACUCGGCGGGGACGCCGAAAGAAACGAACAAGAAGCAGAAGCAGAAGCAGUCCAAGUCCGCCAAGAAAGAAAGCAAACCGGCAUAUGGAUCUGAUGAGGGGUCUGAGGAGGAGGAGGAUGGAGAUGAAGCUGUGGGUGCGGCAGAGGAUGACGGAGCUCUCAACCCGGACUUUGAGUUCGACGUUGGAGGCGCCGCGGCCCGUGGAGUGACGGAUGGCUUUGACGGAUGGGGCGCGGGCAGCGACGACAAGGACGCAAGGAAGAAUGGGGAUAAGAAGGCAGUAGAUAUCGAUGAUAUCAUUUCGAGGAGGCAGGCGAAGAAGGAGGCCGACUCGAAGAGGAAGAGCAAGAAGAAGCAGGAGGAGUCAGACGAGGAGAUGGAACAAGAUUCUGAUAACGAGGCGGAUGGCGACAUGUCGGUCGACUUCCAGGACGACGAGCUUCUUGCCGAAGAUGCUUUUGGUAUGGGUGCUGGUAGCGAGAGCGAAGAUGACCAAGACAAGGGCUCUGGCUCCGACGAAGACAAGGACGAAGAUGCAUCGGGAGACGAGAACUCUGACGACGACGAUGAUGAUGAUGCUGCAUCAGACAAUGAUUCCGUCGCAACCCCGGUUGGCCACCCGGACGAUCACAUGUCGGACCGUGAGUCGGAUGCUGAGAGCGAGGUGGACGCUGAGGAAUUAGAGAAGCGGAAGGCCUUUUUCGCUCCGGAAGACAAGACGAACGAGUCAACGGCCGUGGAUACAUCCAAGGGAUCCUUCCAAGACUUCAACCUCUCACGACCCAUCCUGCGUGGAUUGGCAGCUGUUGGCUUUACGAAUCCCACGCCUAUCCAACGCAAGGCUAUCCCCGUUGCUCUUCUUGGAAAGGACAUCGUCGGUAGCGCCGUGACGGGUUCCGGAAAGACUGGUGCGUUUAUUGUACCUAUCCUCGAACGUCUACUCUUCCGUCCUCGCAAGGUGCCGACCAGCCGCGUCGCGAUCCUGAUGCCCACCCGUGAGCUGGCUGUGCAGUGCUACAACGUUGCCACCAAGCUGGCCACCUACACCGAUAUCACAUUCUGUCAACUUGUCGGUGGUUUCAGUCUCCGUGAACAGGAGAACAUCCUGAAGAAGAGACCGGAUGUCAUCAUCGCUACGCCUGGUCGUUUUAUCGACCAUAUGCGCAACUCACCCAGUUUUACCGUCGACACUCUUGAGAUUUUGGUUCUGGAUGAAGCCGAUCGAAUGCUCGAGGAUGGUUUCGCCGACGAGUUGAACGAGAUUCUGACCACCAUCCCCAAGUCGCGGCAGACCAUGCUCUUCUCCGCAACCAUGACCGACACCGUUGACAAACUCAUCCGUGUUGGACUCAACAGGCCAGUGCGCUUGAUGGUGGACUCGAAGAAGAACACCGCCGUCACGCUUACUCAGGAGUUCGUCCGCCUGCGUCCAGGCCGGGAGGACAAACGACUUGGGUGUCUGCUCUACCUGUGCAAGGAAAUCUACACCAACCGAGUGAUUAUCUUCUUCCGGCAGAAGCGCGAGGCACACCGUGUCCGGAUCAUAUUUGGUCUUAUGGGACUGAAAGCGGCAGAGCUCCACGGUAGCAUGAGUCAAGAACAGCGUAUUAAAAGUGUCGAGGGCUUCCGUGACGGAAAAGUGGCCUUCCUGCUUGCGACCGACCUCGCGUCUCGUGGUCUAGAUAUCAAGGGCGUGGAGACGGUCAUCAACUACGAAGCACCGCAAUCGCAUGAGAUCUACCUGCACCGAGUCGGACGUACUGCGCGUGCAGGACGGUCGGGACGUGCAUGCACGAUUGCCGCAGAACCGGAUCGCAAGGUAGUCAAGGCGGCCGUCAAGGCGGGUAAAUCGCAGGGCGCGAAGAUCGUGAGUCGGGUGAUCGAGCACAGCGUGGCGGACGAGUGGGCCAGCAAGGCGGAGUCACUAGCGGACGAGAUUGAAGAGGUGCUACGGGAAGAAAAGGAGGAGAAGCAGCUGGCGCAGGCGGAGAUGCAGUUGAACAAGGGCGAGAAUCUCAUGAAGCACCAGUCUGAGAUCCUGUCGCGGCCGAAGCGGACGUGGUUCGAGACGGAGCGCGACAAGCGGGCGGCGCGCAAACUCGGGACGAUGGAGCUCAACGGGCCGGAUGCCGUCAGUUCCAAGAAGCCCAAGCUGAGCAACAAGGACAAGAAACGCCUCGAUGACGCCAAGCAGCGCCAUGAAGGCAACGAUCCCUCGGUAAAAUACAAGCCGUUUAAACCCCUCAACCUCCCCAACCGCACAUGGCCCGAUAAGGUUAUCGAUAAGGCCCCUCGGUGGCUGGCCACCGACCUGAGAGAUGGGAACCAGAGUCUGCCGGAUCCUAUGGAUGGCGACCAAAAGUUCCGCUUCUUCCAGAUGCUUGUCGAGCUGGGGUACAAAGAGAUCGAGGUGUCCUUCCCGUCGGCCUCGCAGACGGAUUUCGACUUCACACGUCGCCUGAUCGAGACGCCUGGCGUUGUUCCCGACGAUGUCUGGCUGCAGGUCCUGUCGCCGUGCCGGGAGGAUUUCAUCCGCCGGACGGUGGACUCCCUCAAGGGUUCCAAGAAGGCCAUCCUGCACCUCUACCUGGCGACGAGCGAGUGUUUCCGCCGGAUCAUCUUCGGUAUGAACAAGCAGCAGAGUCUGGAGAUGGCCGUCCGGUGUACCAAGUACGCCCGCUCGAUCACCAAGGACGACCCGUCUACCGCGGGAACGGAGUGGCUGUUCGAGUUCUCGCCCGAGACCUUCUCCGAUACCGACCCGGAUUACGUCGUUCAAGUGUGCGAAGCCGUCAAGGAGGCCUGGGGCUCGACAGAAGAGUGCCCCAUGAUCUUCAAUCUGCCGGCCACGGUGGAGAUGGCCACGCCCAACAUCUUCGCCGACCAGAUCGAGUACUUCUGCACGCACAUGACCGAGCGGGAGAAGUUUGUCGUCUCGGUCCAUCCUCACAACGACCGUGGUUGCGCCGUGGCCGCCGCCGAGCUGGCCCAGAUGGCUGGCGCCCAGCGGGUAGAGGGUACCCUGUUCGGCAACGGUGAGCGGACCGGAAACGUGGACCUGGUCACCCUGGCCCUGAACCUGUACACGCAGGGUGUGAGCCCCAAGAUCGAUUUCUCCGACAUCAACUCGGUCAUCAAGGUCGUGGAAGAAAGCACCAAGAUCCCUGUCAACGAAAGAUGGCCCUAUGGCGGCCAGCUGGUCGUCUGCGCCUUCAGCGGCAGCCACCAAGACGCCAUCAAGAAGGGCUUCAAGAUCCGUGAAGACAGCCAUGCGACCAGCGACACGCCAUGGGAGAUCCCCUACCUGCCGCUAGACCCUCAGGAUAUCGGCCGCACCUACGAGGCGGUCAUCCGCGUCAACUCCCAGAGCGGAAAGGGUGGUGCCGCCUGGGUUAUCCUGCGCAGCUUGGAGCUGGAUCUCCCGCGCGCCCUGCAGGUCGAAUUCAGCCGCGUGGUCCAGAAGGAGACCGAGAACCUCAGCCGCGAGCUGUUGCCCAAGGAGAUCGUCAAGCUCUUCGAGGACGCCUACCACCUCAAAUCCAACCCGCGCUUCAACCUCGUCGACUACAACAUCACCGCCGACCGCUCCUCCUCGCCCGCCCCGCCCGAGGACGGCAAGGCCCUCAACACCAAGAACCUCAAGCGUCGCUUCACAGGUAUCAUCGAGAUCGACGGCAUCCAACACGGCAUCACCGGUGUCGGCGCCGGUGCUAUCUCCUCCCUCGCCCACGCCCUGUCCUCUCUGGGCAUCGAUCUCGAUGUCAUCGACUACAAAGAACAUUCCAUCGGUCUGGGCCGUGACGUCAAGGCAGCAACCUACAUCCAAUGUACCGCCGCCGGCUCCAAGGAGCAAGUCUGGGGUGUCGGCAUCCACCAGGACGUCGUCCAGGCCAGUUUGAUUGCUCUCCUUAGCGCUGCUAGCUCGUUCCUCACUUCUCGUGCUGGCUCCCCUGCCCCCUUCCGCCCCGUCCGCAAGAACACCUUCACCGAUGAAGACCUCCAGGCCCUCGAGCAGCUCGCCCCGGAUCAAAAGGCUGAUGUGGACGCUCUGGCCAACAAGGCCGAGAACCUCCAAGUUUGAGCUUGUCCUUGC